AUGUCAACUUGGAGAGAAAACGACGAGCCACCCGCAGACUUCAUCAGCCAGCUUUAUGCUGAUGAUGAAGAUCUUUCGGAGGACAGUGAGUUCGAACCAGAUGAUGAUGAGGAGGGAGAGGAGCGCGCGUCGUCACCUGAGACUCCACCUUACUCUCCUCUAAUAUCACCUGAACGUCGCGACCAGUCCGGUAAUGAUGUGGAAGCAGUCGGAUUCGAGGAAGGGAAUCGUUUCCCAGCCACAUCUCCGGAAGGCCGUGACAGGUCUCCUAUUAGAUCAUACCAGCCAUCUGAGUUUGAAACAACGGUGGUUAUAGAAGUUUUAGAUGAAGACGCCGGCAUGGAUGACGUCGUCAUGGACGACGUAUUUUUAGCCCCGGAUGCCCAUGCAAUUCAUCAACACAUAAGCCGCAUGACCAUCUUGCUUUCCGCCUUCAACUUGUCGACUCCAUUCUCACCCACCAUUUAUCACGCUGUCCGCAAAGACGAACGUUCAAUGUGUCCUCGUCCAGAUCUGCUCAUCAUCAACCUCUUAAAAACACUCUUUCUGCACAUUGGCCUGCUCUACUGA